GAACAUUUGCAUGUCAAUUCUUUAAGCACUGUACACCCCGCUAAUUAUUAUUUCAACAAUUAUCGCCGGAACACACAUUUACACUUGCGCUUUUUAUAAACAUAAACUCUUGUUUAUAAAUAAUUGCAAGGAUUAUUUUUAACCCAAAAUGAUGCAAUUUCCAAGCAUCAAGGAUAAUACCCCCGAACUGCCAUUUAAAAAAAAAAUAGUUUCAAUUAUCGUUAUUGCCAAUUUACAGAAAAAUAUUCACAUUUUCUACACAAAUAAUAAAUAAUAGCAAAAUUCAUGAUAACGAAUUGUGUGCAUUUUUGUUAUGCUCAUUACCGGUGACAUAACAUUCAAAACAAGGCAAAACGUCGCCAAUUUCCCCCAAUUUCAGCAAUUUGAGAAAUUGCCCACAUUUAGACAAUUUGGUAUCCCAAGUCCAAUCCUCGUAAUUAGUCAAUGCCCCCGCAAUCCGAAGCAAAGUACUCUUUGUAAAACGCAACACAUCACCGCAACAAUAAAUUAAAUUGUUGUACCACGUGGUAUCCCCUCCAAGAAUUUCAAACAUGUAGGGUGACCACUGUUAUCACCGAUUUGAUUUAGUACUGUUUAUUGUUCCUAUAAACAAACACAAGUGUGCUACACCCAAAAAAAUCCACCACCAAACGCAAUGUUGAAAUAAAACUCGCAAAAAUCCACAAUGAGGGGAAGCACCGCUGGCCUUCCGGACACCCUCAAGGCACACCACAACGCCCCCUACUAUGCGAUUUUGUCAAUUCUGGACGCGAUUUUCUCCUCGCUGGUGGUCGCCCCCCUGGUGGUGGGCUACUGGCGCAGCGUCUGGGAGCUGAUGGGCCUCUACGUCUACCCCGAAGACGUCCUGAUAAGUUCUUGCAUCUCGACCGGGAUCGGAAUCGUCGGGCAUUUACUAUUUACGCUGCCUCAGCGUGCGUUCGAGACCUAUUUGCAUCCGGACCGUAACCGGAUCCUAUUUUACGUGGCGUCGAGGGUGUACACAGUGUGUUUCGCGUUCGUUUGCGUCAACGGCUGGCGCGGGCCGUGGCAGCUUUUGGAUAUUUACACCAAAAACGAGCUCCUGACCGUUGUCGCGGCCACCGCCGUCGGCUUCGUCGCUUUGACGGCCAUGAGGGCGCUCCGGAACGUCUCGGCGACCCCUUUCACGGUCGCCACCGACUCCGUUAAGGGGUAUUUCGAGGUCUUGACCAUGUUCCGAGUCGCGAUGAGCGAAAGAACGUCCCUCUACAUCCUCGACUGCCUAUUCUCAGUAUUAGUGAUCGGAACUCUUGUGGUGUUCGUCUGGCGAGGGGCGUGGGCCCUAAUCGACAUAUUCUUGUUUCCGGGGAACGAAACGCUCUCGGCUUGGGGCAGCUUGAUCGUCGGUUACUCGGCUGUGGCCAUAGCUUUCAUGCUGCAACCGCUGAUGAGAUGGUUAUGUGACCGCAUAACCGGGUUUAGCCGGCUGUUGGUGGCCGAUGUCUUCCUGAUACUAUCCCUGAUCGGGACUGUGAACGUCUGGAGAGGCAUCUGGAAUCUGCUCAACAUCUACCUACUGCCAGACAACCUGGAAGCGAGCUGCUGGAUAACGCACUGGAUCUGCCUCAUCAUCCUCAUCCUCCUGGGAUGCUCCAAUUCGCUCCUCGUCCGAGGAGUCUACAUCGACGCCGAAGAGCCCGCCGGGAAAUGUGUUGUGUUCCCUUGCCACUACCUUAGACUGAUAUUCCAAGAACAAAAACUAAAGAAACUCCAAAGUGAACAGAACAAAACCGAAUUGACAAAUGUGAAGCCCUUCGAAAACAACCAUAUCAUAAGUGUACAAAACGAGCCCGCCCUCAACCACAAAGAGGGCGAGGUCUGACCCGAUUUUUAUAUUACAUUUUUUAUAUACACAGCUAUAUUUAUUGACGCCAAGAUGUACAUAAGCCAGUAUGUAAAUAAAGCUAGAACAAAAUGA